AUGGCCCAAGCCCUACAGAAAAUAGAUGCACAGUAUUUUAAUGAGGCUUGGAUUUGUAGAAUUAAACCAGAUGUUGGAGACAACUGGAGGUUAAAGAUUAGCAACUUGAAGAAAGUGUUGAAAGGCAUUUUAGACUUUAAUCAGGAGAUCCUUGGUCAGCACAUUAAUGACUUCAGGGAACCAGAUGUUACACUUAUUGGAGAGCAUUCAGACCCAGCAGAACUGGGGAGAAUGUUACAACUUAUCCUGGGCUGUGCUGUCAGCUGCGAACAAAAGCAAGAAUACAUUCAAACCAUAAUGAGUAUGGAGGAGUCCGUGCAACAUGUCGUCAUGAAUGCCAUCCAAGAGCUUAUGAGUAAGGAGACUCCAGUCCCGGCAGGAACAGAAUCUUUUGAGGAUCUGGAUCGACAGUACAAAAAGACCGUAGAGGAGCUUAAUGAGGCCUUGAGCACUAAAGAAGAAAUCUCACAGAGGUGUCGUGAACUUGACAUGCAGGCCCUCCGUGUCCAAGAGGAGCGUGAUAGACUGAGGUUAGACUAUAAUGAGCUAGACGAGAGGGUGGGAGCUCUACAAGACGAGAAAAGCAGUUUGCUGGCAGAGAACCAGGUCUUGAUGGAGAGACUUAACCAGUCGGACUCCAUUGAAGAUGUGAACAGCCCCGCAGGAAGAAGACACCUCCAGCUGCAGACACAACUGGAGCAACUGCAAGAGGAAACAUUCAGGCUUGAAGCUGCUAAAGAUGACUAUCGGAUCCGCUGUGAGGAGCUUGAAAAAGAAUUAUCAGAUGUGAAGACGCAGAAUGAGGAGCUUUCAUCGCUGGCAGAUGAAGCCCAGUCUCUUAAGGAUGAGAUGGAUGUUCUCCGACACUCAUCUGACAAGGUCUCUAAGCUAGAAGGAACAAUAGAACAUUAUAAAAAGAAAUUGGAGGACAUGGGACUACUCAGAAGACAAAUUAAGCUUUUGGAGGAGAAAAACACAGUAUUGAUGCAAACCAAUGUUAGUUUAGAAGAGGAGCUUCGAAAGGCAAAUGCAGCCAAAGGACAGCUGGAAACCUACAAGAGACAGGUGCUUGAACUCCAAAACAGGUUAUCCGAGGAGUCCAAGAAGGCUGACAAAAUGGAGUUUGAGUAUAAAAGACUCAAAGAGAAAGUUGACUCUCUACAAAAAGAAAAAGAUCGAAUGCGCUCAGAGAGGGACUCUUUAAAGGAGACGAUAGAAGAGCUGCAUUGUGUCCAAGCUCAAGAGGGGCUCACUUCAGGAGUGUUUCCAAAGUUGGGCAGUGACGGUUCAGAUUCUUUGGCUGCUGAAAUCACUACUCCAGAGAUGAGAGAACACUUGAUACGCUUACAACAUGAAAACAAGAUGUUGAAACUGGCCCAGGAAGGAUCAGACAAUGAGAAAAUCGCAUUAUUACAAAGUCUUCUAGAGGAUGCCAACCGCAGGAAAAACGAACUGGAGACUGAGAACCGUUUAAUUAAUCAGCGCCUUAUGGAAGAAUCCAGUCAGGUGGGAGAGCUGCAGAAGUCUCUCCAAGAACAGGGCUCCAAAGCUGACGAUUCUUCCAUACUUAAGAAGAAAUAUGAAGAACACAUGGAGAAACUAAAGGAGCUGAAUAAUGACUUGUUGAUGAAAAAUGCCAUGAUUGAUGAGAUGGAGCCCAAAUACAACGCCAGCUCCCAACGAGUAGAUGAGCUUGAAGAUGCGUUGAAGAAGAAAGAUGAUGAGAUGAAGCAGAUGGAAGAAAGAUAUAAGAAAUAUCUUGAAAAGGCCAAGAGUGUCAUCAGAACCUUAGACCCCAAACAAAACCAAGGGUCAGGUCCUGAGGUCCAGGCUUUGAAGAACCAGCUGCAAGAGAAGGAGAGGAUGUUGCACUCAUUAGAGAAGGAGAUGGACAAGACAAAGACCCAGAGAGAUUACGAGGAGAAGCUGAUUGUAUCUGCAUGGUACAAUAUGGGUAUGUCUAUGCAGAAGAAGGCGGCAGAAGACCGACUGGCCAACACAGGCUCUGGUCAGUCCUUCCUGGCGCGGCAGAGGCAGGCGACCAGCUCCCGGCGCUCCUAUCCAGGCCAUGUGCAGCCGGCUACCGCGAGCAAUGUCACUGCAUGA